CAGGCGCCGGUACGGGGCCCGGUUGUAGUGAGCCAGCGGAUUCAUCGGCCGCCGCCAUGCCGAGCGAGCUGCCAGCCGAGACGGCGCAGCUGGUGGACGACUACCUGCAGCACCACCUGGGCGGCUCGGCCUUGCCCCCCAGCCGCACGGCCAAGACCCUGCGGCGGGUGGCCGACGAGCUGGAGAGCCGCGAGAAGACGUUCUUCCGCUCGGCUUGCAGCCCGGCGGCCUUACCGGAGCCCGGCGGGGCGGCCGCCCACUUGAGCCGGGUGGCGGCGCAGAUGGAAGCCGACGGCGGCCUGAACUGGGGCCGGGUGGUGGCGCUGGUCGUGUUCACCGGCAACCUGGCAGCCGCGCUAGCCGAGCGGGGGGCCCGCGAGGAGAUCAGCGCCCUGGCCGAGGCGCUGGUCGCCUAUCUGGCCGGCGAGAAACGCGAGUGGCUGGAGGCGCACGGCGGCUGGGACGGGUUCUAUCACUUCUUCAACAAACAUGGCUCUGAUGCAACUGACCAGAACAGUACCAUAAGCAACGCUAUCAUGGCGGCCGCAGGAUUUGGCCUGGCGGGAUUGGCUUUCCUCUUGGCUGUGCGAUAAAAAUACAUCGGUGGACUUGACUAUGGGGAGGGGGAAAAACUCUUCGAAACUGCCAACAAGUACCAGUUAAGAGUCCAUUCUAUAUUUCUAUGAUGGUGAAAGACAGAAGCUUAUAUUUUUUAAUCGGUGUCUGGAGCAGAACGUUGAAAAUGAAGCACAUCCCACCUUGGCUGUGGCAAUACACGAAUGGAAGCAAAGACCGGUUAAAUCCUAAGUUUGGAUGUUUUGUUGGCCUUGACGUGAGAGCUGUAGUUGUCAUGUUAGUCCCAUUCUAGAGAACUGCUGAGUACUGGAUGUUAUGCUAAAUAUGUUAGAUGGGCUUGCAAUGGAACCCAAGUGAAGAUGUGUGUUUGGAUUUUUGUUUGUGUGUGUAGGGGGAAGAAGUUGCCUUGUGAAAUGUGAGCCAGUAUUAGCAAGAAUGAAGAGCAUAAUUCCACCUUUGGUGCAAUGCACACAGUACUGAUUUGACUCCUCAAUGUAUAACUGCAAGAUCCAUAUUGCACAGAGCAUUAAUAGCUUACGUGGUCUUUUUUUGUUAUGACCUUAAUGCAACUUACACUACAUGUAGGCGAUGAAUGUUGAUACCAAAACAGCAGAAGGCUGAAGAACCAGUUCUUUUAACUGAAGCGAGUUUAACUAUUGAAAAACCUUUUUUGAAAUUGGUCUAUUUUGGAGGUCCAUCAGAGGCUGGGCUUUCUGUGGAUUUCCUGUCAAACCCAGAAACUUCAUAUAACUUAAUAUAUUUUUGAAGUAUUUAUCAUUGUAUAAUAACUGGUAGCUGGUAACAUCUAUUUUUGUUAAGUUCCAUUUUUUUUUUUAAAGAAACGAAAAGCUGUCUCACGGUUGCUUUCUGGGCUGUACCUACUGUCUUCUGCCUUGUUUAACAAUUUGGUAUUGUGUACUGUGUAUUGUAAAAAUAGUCUCCAAAAACGUUCAGUGUCAUUUUCUUUAGUUUGUACAGUUUUAAUAUGUGAAUAAAUACAACUGAAUAUUUUUAUUUUAAA